GAAGUAUUAUUCCGUCAUAGGUCUUAUACAAUAUGGGUAGAUCCUCCAACGUUAGCGACGUGGGCGACGGCUGUCCCCUCGAACAACUCCAACGAAGUGCGCUGAGGCGCUACACAGAGGGUAAAUCGAACUGCCCUUGGUCUCACUGUCGUACCCCCGUCGAAAACGACAACUAUAUCCCACUGCACAUUCUUUCGGCCUCUAUUUAUCGGUUUCGUGAGCGCUACACAGGUGCAUCUCAAUUCGACGAUAAGAUUGCCCGUCAUAAGGAGAGUCUGACAAGACACAUUAAGCAGUCAACUUGCCCGAGUCAUUUGGAACGUAUGACUGGAUUAUUUAUCAAUUUCGAGGUUCCUGAAUUGCCCUCAGAGAGGGAAGAAGAAUCGGAUGGAGAAGAUAAAGAAGGCGAGGACGAUGACGAGGACGAUCAGAUUCAAUACGAUUCCGAAGCCGAAUCCGAGCAAGAAGGCAGUGUCCAACACAAUUCCGAAUCAGAGGACGAAGGUGCCCGGUUAAAUAAGACUGUAUGGUCAAGAAGACGAUCCUCUGUUGGGAGCUCAGACUCAGACACAGUCUUUGAUAGCGAUCUGCAAUCCUCCGUUGCCAGCACACCAGGAACGGAAGUUGAUGAGACAGGUGCAAUCUUCUCCAACCUGACAAUAUCGCCUAGCAAGGACGACAGUCCCUUGGAUGACCGUGCUCGCAGUUCAUACUAUGUGACCCCGGUUGUACCAGACGAAAAUCGGGUUUUUGCUCAUCCGAUACGACGUGCCAGUUCACAGGUGGUUUAUCCUUACCAUGUAGACUGCGAAAAGGAGGCACAUGGCUAUCUUGAUAUGAUGGAACGCAACUUCACUCCUUAUUACUUGGAAGCCGGGGUUGUAUACCUCGCUUGGGAUACCUAUGACGAACUACUCCGCGGUCAUACGAAGAUAGGCCGAGCAAAACGAAGUACAGCGGACCGAUAUGGUAAUGAAAAGUGCAAACGAAAAUUCAACAUGUUGUUCGUGAAUCUCGAAAAGAAUGAAGCGCCGUACGUUGGGGCAAGGAUUAUCGAAAAAAUUUUGCACAGGGUUUUCUAUAAGGAGCGCAAGACAUUGGGUGCUUGCGCCUUCUGUAGAGCCAGCCCAGGCAAAGCAGGAGGGCAUACCGAGUGGUUUGAGGCUGAUUGUGAGACAAUUUUGCGAGUCUUGAAGCGCUUCAAAACCCUUUUCACAAAUCCAAACUUUUUUGAUGGCAAGAAAUUAACCCGCUACGGUCGAGAUGCUCUGGAUCAAUGCCGCAAACUGGGCGAUGGCGUCGGCCCAGAAUCGGUCAUUGAGGCAAUCAACACUGUUACCAACGACAAAUUCCAUGCAGAAAAUAAAAUACAAACCAAGGAAGAAAAGUCUAUUAUGAAAGAAAAUGCACAUUAUGCAUUGUCUUCUUCUAGCCUUGCUUACAAGCGGCAGAUUGCGCUGCAGCUUUCAUCGCCACAGUCUCCUUCUGCCCAGACUAAGCGGGGAAAGCAGGCUGGAGGAUUAUUAGAGGAAGAUCAAGAUAACAUGGAUGUUUUGCAAUCUCUAGGGACAAGGCGAAAGCUGUUUACUAGACGAUGAGUUGACAAUAAGUAUUUCUGGAUAUACUAUAUCACUAUUCAAAUCUUGGCAAACAAAGCAACUACGAGAUAUAGGCUCAAAAUAUUGACCAAUCUAUUUAUUGGAGCUUCUACUACUAAUAAGAAUGCUUUAAAUCCACUCGGAUCCCCUGAAAGCUCAAACCCAUCCGAGGGUACCUA